CUUGUCCCGUGCAGACUCCUGGGUGUUUUAACAAACGAGACUGAUUAAUUUUGAAAAGCGUUAAUUACAAAAUCAAACAACUUUGUCUGAAGGGGGAAAAAUUAAAUACACGUGGGAUAGACGAUUACAUGGUCUUCUGUAACAUUAAAUUCUCUGAUUGAAAGGUAAGAAGUUUAGAAUUGUAAUAAUUGGGAUAGACGAUUACACGGUCUUCAAAUUGUCACAGUAAAUUAUAUUGAAAGAUAAUUGGAAUAUUCGGAAUCCAUAGAAUACAUUCUUCUUGUUCUGUAUUGUCAACAUGAAACAAAAGGCAAAGAAGAUAUUAAAUGAAACAAUGGUAUGUUCAAAACGUAGACAAAUGGUUACUGACAUAAUAGAUGUCAAAGACAAAACAAAAGACACCGCAUUAGAGGCACCUUCAAAUGUAUGCGUUGAAAAUGUGAAUUUAAAUAGAAUUUCAAAUGAAGAAAGUAGUUUAGCAAAUUGUGGCGAAAUUACAACACUGGAACACCAGUCAAGUGAAAAGGAAGAGAAAAAACCUAAUAAAGAUCUAAUUAUAUCGAACUCGUUUGAAUUGGAUGAUUUCACAAAGGAACCGCCAAAAGAAAUUGCCGACGACUCAAAGGAAAUUGUAACAGUCGAAACAGAUACCGAAAAUGAAAUGACAAGUUUAGAGGAAAAAGAAAAUCGCAAGAAAAUGUCUUCUCCAACUAGUGCGAAUGGUAUUAACAGUCGGACCAAUCAACUUUCUACUAUACCAGAAAAUGUUAAAGGUGAAGAGAAAGAGAUUAAGAACUCGUCGCCGAAUCAGACUAAAGUUCUGAAGGAUAAGCAAAGUAAUCCCGAAGUAUCUGGAGAUAAAAGUAAGAGACUUGAAGACAAUUUGCAUAAUGAAAGCAAAAUGACAAAAGAAGGGUCCAAUGUUUUUCCUAUUAUCAUGCCGGAUACGGAUUCUGUCGUUAUAAAACGAAUAAAGGACACUAACGAACCUAACAAGCCUGGUAAAUCCGACUGUUCUGGAAAAGUUAGUUCAGAGUUAAACCAACGUCCGUUAUCGUCUGUGUCCGACCCCGGAUAUCGAAGUAACUCUGUGUCGAGUCAAAAUUCGUGUCAGUCUUCAAAAAAGACUAAGAAAGUUUAUUCUGGCAUUAGAUUUACAAAGAAGGAACUUGAGUACUACUUGCCAAAAAGAAGCAAUUUUAGUUGUCACGAAAAAGCAUUAAAAGAUGCAGGGUAUGAUUUAGAGGCCAUGGAAUCAAAACGAAGACGAAGAUUCACGCGCAAACAAAACAUCAAAGACAAGGAAAUAGAAGAAAAACUGAAAGAAAUCGAGGAUGUUAAUACAUCACCAAUUGUAGAUGUAGCGUCUCAUGAAAAUGAAAUAAAGGAACCCGACGAUGAACAAACUGAAAUGGAAAGAUCAAACAAACCGAAACGUAAGGGAAAGAGAAAAGAUGAACAGGAAGUCAAAGUAGAUCACACAGUUUUGUUACAAUAUCUUAAAUAUGUGCUUGAUAAUAGAGAGGAAUAUUUUCUUCAUAAAAGACAAUAUAUUCAACAAAACACAACUCUACUCAACGUUGAUCCAGCAUGCACCAUUGCCCGAUUCGGGCGUGCUUUUCAGAGAGGACAGCAUGGCAUUAUUACUGAACCUUUUUUACUUGAAGUUACACGCGGGAUAAAGUCAAAUUAUGGUGAUACACAACAGUGGGUAUCUUCAAACAAAGAAAAGCAAACACAAGGAGUUCCGAAUUUGAAACCAGAAAUACAAGAAACGACUAUUGACGAAAAAGACAAAACCGAAUACGAAAAGGUAAAGCUUAAACUUGAUAAAUGGCUAAAAACUAUUACAACUGCACAGUUGUUGAAAGCGAAAGAACUUUCAUUGAAGGAACUUGGCGAGGAAGAUAAACUGCAGAGUCAGUGGUGGUCCACUCUUCAACCGUGUCGAUACCUGCGACAGAGAAGUGAUUUGGAAUAACUUCACGAUAAAUUUUGUACUGCAUUUUUUUUAGAAACAUUGCAUUUCUCAACCUGCGAAUAACAAGUGUUCAUUUUUCGAUAUUGCACAUUAGAAUAUCAUUUCACCACAGAUGCGGGUACUUAUAACAACUCCAAACUAUAAUAUAUGCUAUACAUUGUGCAGAAAUUUUGUUACAGUCAGGAAGUACUUGUUUUAUGUUUUCAUGUUUUAAAGAAAUUAAUAUUUUUGUCAUUGAAACUCAGAGAACCUUCAUUUUCGGAGAAAAAAACGGAUUUUUAAAUUGGAAAUACGUCAAAAUGUGUGUGGGAAGAAAUAUAUAUAGUUUGCGAAAUACUUGAGAAGCUUUCAUAUUGAUGCUUUGUCUUUUAGCCGCAAUUAGUGCAAUACUUUAUUUAUUCGAAUUACUUGAAUUUAUCAAGAUUUGCUGAAUAUUCUUUACAGCUGGUGUCAUACUAUUAUCUAUCUUAUCUUUAAUGGAUUUUUCUGAUAUAUCGUAAUAAACUAACAAACUAUUGAGAAUAAAUUAUUCUAAAAGAAAGGACAAGGUACAAAGCAAACAUUUACAAGUGGUUUUAAAUCGUUCAACAUGCAUACUUAAAUUAAGCGUUUUCCUACUCAGUUCGUUUAAGUAUUCUAGUAUUUUUUUACAAUUUUAUAUGUUAUUAAAUUAUUUAAUAUGUGUUUGGGUGUUUAAGUGUCCUUGAUCUGAAAGUUGUUUAGAGAAUUUAACUGAAACAAUACAUGUUCUCUUUUCUUUAAAACUAAAUUAAAAAAAACUGUAUAUUGAAUAUAAUGUGGUUUUUAUAAUAGCCAUAAGAUACAUGUAAUGUUUUCGAAUAAAAUGAGAUAAAUGAUAUUUAUAUACUUCGUCAAAAUUAAAGCAACACCUGCAUUUGAAUCAUAUCUGCAGUUUAAUUUUUAAUGUGGAUUUUUUAUACAGAAUAUAUUGAACCUUGCGAAAUGUGGGCGAAUAUGGGUUUCCCCAUAUACAAUCACAACUUGUUUAAUGAGCUUGUGAGAAAAGUUUAUCCUUCAUUUCAGUCCUUCAUUUUUGCAAUGGGUUGAAUAUGGGCAUCAUUGUAAAUUUUCUAAGUUUCAAUUCCUAAUUGAAUUCUCUAUUUAGAAUCAAAUUUUAGAAAUUCUCUAAACAAUAAGCUGUAUCCUUCGUAUAUAUAUAAAAUGGAAUGCAAAACGAUAAUGUUAGAAAGAAAUGGAUUUGAAAAAUAAUUACAUCUCUUUUUCAAUUACAUCUCGUUUUUUUUUUUUACAAAUUGUCUUCGGUUCAAUUGAUAUUUCUAAAUUUUCAAAUAUUCAUUUUAGUGAGACUUUUUUUUUGUGCUUAAAAAGAUUUGAUAGUAUUUUUCAGGCAUGUCAUUCAGGCUUUCUCGUGUGGAAGACAGAUAGAUGCAAAAAAAAAUAAUAUCAAAUAGAUACGAAUACAGCUUGACAAGAAUUGUUUUGAUUCUAAUAAAAAAAAUGUACACGUAAUAUUUCCCUGAAAACCAUAAAGGUUUUCUGUAACUAUUGACAAGAUGUGUUUUUAUAAAACUGAUUGGUUAAUUGAUUGAUUAAAGGAUUGUUGCAUUA